ACAACCUCUCCCUUCCCAGUGUGCAUGACUGGAGCUCUCACUAGCGCUGCUAGUGGACAAUCAGACCUACACACCCACCCCUAGACACACUCGCAUUUCUCAUUUCUUACUUCUAGUCUAAAUUAGAUAGCAAGGCGUAGGGUCGGAGCUCACAGAUCACGUAGAAUUAGUUUACAGCAUUAGCGCUUAGUUCAACAGUCAAAUCCGAGAUUCAACAUGGAGUCCCCGCCAGAUCCAGCGAGCGAUCCGGGCAACAGCGCCUCGGAGCCGGCUACCCCGGUCAGGGAAACCCCGGUAAACCUGGAGACGCUCCGGAAAGCGGACCAUCCAGCCCCGGUUCGAAGACAGACCUGCUCCAGCACCAACAGAGGUAUCUCAGUAACAAAGAAGACACACACCUCUCAAAUCGAAAUAAUUCCCUGCAAGAUCUGUGGAGACAAAUCAUCAGGCAUCCAUUACGGUGUGAUAACAUGUGAAGGCUGUAAGGGCUUCUUCAGGAGGAGUCAGCAGAGCAAUGCAGCCUACUCCUGCCCCCGUCAGAAGAACUGCCUGAUCGACCGCACCAGCCGCAACCGCUGCCAGCACUGCCGGCUGCAGAAGUGCCUGGCGGUGGGCAUGUCACGGGAUGCGGUGAAGUUUGGCCGCAUGUCGAAGAAGCAGCGAGACAGCCUGUAUGCUGAGGUCCAGAAGCACCGGCUGCAGCAGCAACAGCGUGACCACCAACAACAGCCUGGCGAGGCGGAGCCACUCACACCUAGCUACGGCCUCUCAGCCAAUGGCCUCACGGAGCUCCAUGACGACCUCAGCGGCUACAUGGACAGUCACACCCCUGAUGGCAGUAAACCAGACUCUGCGGUCAGCAGCUUCUACCUGGACAUCCAGCCGUCCCCUGAUCAGUCAGGCCUGGACAUCAACGGCAUCAAGCCGGAGCCCAUCUGCGACUUUGCCCCCGGCUCUGGCUUCUUCCCUUACUGCUCCUUCACCAACGGAGAAACCUCCCCAACUGUGUCCAUGGCUGAACUAGAGCACCUGGCCCAGAACAUCUCCAAGUCACACAUGGAGACAUGUCAGUACCUGAGGGAGGAGCUGCAGCAGAUGACCUGGCAGGCCUUCCUGCAGGAAGAGGUGGAGAGCUACCAGAGCAAGCCCCGGGAAGUCAUGUGGCAGCUGUGUGCUAUCAAAAUAACAGAGGCCAUUCAGUAUGUGGUGGAGUUCGCCAAGCGCAUCGACGGCUUCAUGGAGCUGUGUCAGAACGAUCAGAUAGUGCUGCUGAAAGCAGGCUCUUUGGAAGUCGUGUUUGUCAGAAUGUGCCGUGCCUUUGACUCGCAAAACAACACAGUCUAUUUUGAUGGAAAAUAUGCCGGACCUGAUGUGUUCAAGUCAUUAGGCUGUGACGACUUGAUCAGCUCCGUCUUCGAGUUUGGGAAAAACUUGUGUUCUAUGCACCUGUCUGAGGAUGAGAUCGCCCUGUUCUCCGCCUUUGUGUUGAUGUCUGCUGAUCGGUCCUGGCUCCAGGAGAAAGUAAAGGUGGAGAAACUCCAGCAGAAGAUCCAGCUGGCCCUCCAGCAUGUCCUGCAGAAGAACCACAGAGAGGAUGGUAUUCUUACAAAGUUGAUAUGCAAAGUGUCGACACUGCGAGCGCUGUGCAGUAGGCAUACAGAGAAGCUUACAGCUUUCAAAGCAAUAUAUCCAGACAUUGUGCGUGCCCACUUCCCCCCCUUAUACAAGGAGUUGUUCGGAUCAGACUUUGAGCAGUCCAUGCCCGUUGACGGGUAGCAGCCCUGCCAGGUGCCAGUGUGCCCACCGUAGGGGAAUGUGGAGGAGGAAUCUGAGACACUUUAUUGGUGCCCUGCACAAACCAGAGUGGACAGACGGCACGCUGUUCAACUUCUUCUUUUACAUUGGAGGGGAGGGCUUAUAGGGAGUUGAUUCUCAAGGUUUACUUUAUUGAAUUUAGUUCUCUCUGGAAGACUAUAGUUGGACCCGACACCCCAUGGGACAUGAAGAGGAGAUGGGCACAAAUAAGUUUUGUCUGGUUGAAUUUGACCUUUUUAUGCACAUUUCUAACAUGGAACUCAAGACCCAUUCAUUUCCACCAAUAUUUAUUGCAUUACAAUUAUGAAUCUGACUUGUAAUCACAUAAACAAUUAAGGAGCCACUAUUGACACUCAAACAGCUGAAAAGAUCUUAAAUAGAUAUGAAGGUUAAUCAACAUCAGUAUUAUUUUCCAGAUUACACUCCCAAAACUGCUCCAGAAUUGUUCUACUCUCUUUCACACACUCUAUCCUUGAACACAUGCCUGAUGAAUGCGCACACUUUGGUCAAGUUCAGCCAUGUUUCUCUUGCGUUGAGUGGUGUCUUUUUGAACGCAGUGCUUGGAAUGAAAACUCACAGCAACUUUAGGGGGAGGCUCCGUCGGCAUGGUGAUGCAAUCGGCAACUCUCUAUGGACAAUCGUUUAAAAAAGAAAAAAAAGAGAAACAUAGAAUUCUGGUAAUUCUAAUGAAACCACAAUGAUUUUAGCUGUCAAAGACUCCAUCCACCAUUGUUGCAUAGUGAAAUCAUGUAAGGCCAUCUGCUAUUAAUCCUUCUCUGGACAGGUGCCCUGGAGAAGCAAGGGGCACCAACACAAUGAAAAGGGUCCAUUCCACCUGUUUUAUAAUGUACUACAGGGUAUAUGGUCAUAAGUACUUACUAUACAGAAAAAAGUAAUGUUUAUAGAAUCUAUUUUAAAUAACAUGUAUGAUAUUAGUAGUUAGACCAUUCUUAAUUGUUGAAUUGAUAAGGCACUUUUAUUUACACCUUUCUUUAAUUUAAGACGUGUAUAUUUACCUAGUGAUGUGUUGCAUGUGCACAAGAAAUACAAGUUGAACCAUGGUCACAGAGGCUAGUCCUGGGAGCAACAGCUGAUACUGGUGUGGAAGUGUUAGGGCUGCGUGUCAGGGGGGGGAUGGCGUGGUGGCUCGCGGGCGAACAAAGAGGCGUGUGUGAGGAGGCGGCGUAGAGACACUCAAAUCACCUGUUAACUCUGAGGUACCAAGAGCAGUGUAGCUCUGUGAUAUGCACACAUACGAUAACAGCCAACAACCCUGUUCUGUGUAAUGAACACAUCUUUACUGAACGGCAUUUGUUUGAACACUUCAAUUCAAGAAAACAGAGCUCACUCUCAUAUUCUCACAUAUUCCUCAUAAUUCAUUUGGUAGUUUAUGGUGGAAAAAUGUAAUUUACGUGAAGAAAACAUAAAAAUCAAAUAUAAUCUCAGUCAUGUGGUUGGACUGGGAUGAUGACACAUUGAUGGUAAUCCAAUUGUUCCAUCUAGUGGAGGGGAAAGAUACAGCAUGCUACUUACCAGCCUAUUGAGAAACAUAUCGUCGAACUUAAAAGCACAUUUAUGAGCCUUUCUCAAAAUAUUUGAUGUGGGUUUUUUUUUUUUUAAUCUUUAUUUUUGAGCGUCUUUAUCCGCCUUCUUGCCGCAGCCUCGACCCGGCAACGCCACAACGGGACACAGAAGAAAACAGCGAAGGGAAAGUGAAUAUUCAAAGCCUUGUCUGGUAGUAAAGCUUCUAUUUUUGUAACAUGUUUUUGGUUAACGAACCCAUGAAAAAGAGUGAGGGAGAGAAAAAGAAGUCAGGUAGCACUUAACUAUAUUCCUGCAAUAAUUAGACUAGCUGUUGUUUGUACAAUUAGGGGAGAAACAUAAAAAUGUUAGGACAAGUGCUAUUUUCAGAAUGCUUUGUUGUUGUGCUUCUGUUUCGUUGAGUGUGUCUUUCUUGUCAGUGUGGUUAGUAACGUGGUAGAAAAAAAAAAAACCCUGGAUGUGCCAAACAGUAGUCGUUGCUUCUGCUUUCCAGUCUACUUGUCUGUAACGUAGAAUGGAUUCC